CCCUCCAUCACACCCUCUUCUCACAAAAAUUGAGCUCAAACAAUGGCCUCAUGCUUCCUACCACCACCUAACCUCGAAGACGAUUCAAUCAUCCUCUUCUCAACCUCCAACUCGCCCGAUGAGUCCACCAGCCCCUCCUCCUCUUCCCACCACUCACCACCACCGCCACCACCAUCUCGUGCACCUAAAACAACCUACAAACUAAGUGUUAGGAACCUCUCCUACACCAUAAACCGAAACAAUUCCAUUCUACCUUCUUCCUUUUAUCGCCCGGUGUACAAGCCUAAACUUCUCAACAUACUCAAAUCAGUCUCUUUUGUCGCAAAAAGCGCUGAAAUCCUUGCUGUUGUUGGCCCUAGUGGCACCGGCAAGUCUACUCUCCUACGGGUUAUUUCUGGCAGGGUGAGAGAUAAGGACUUCGACACAAAGAGUGUCUCGCUCAAUGAUUGUCCGGUAUCGAGUCCAGCUCGGCUGAGGAGCAUAUGUGGAUUCGUGGCGCAAGAGGACAACCUUCUUCCUCUUCUAACUGUGAAGGAAACUCUGAUGUUCAGUGCCAAGUUUAGGCUCAAGGACAUGAGUUCGAAAGAGAGGGAAGAGAGGGUUGAGAGCUUCAUGCUGGAGCUUGGCCUCUUGCAUGUUGCUCAUAGUUUUGUUGGGGAUGAAGAUAAAAGAGGCAUAUCUGGUGGAGAAAGAAAAAGGGUAUCCAUUGGUGUGGAUAUGAUUCAUGACCCUCCAAUUUUACUCCUUGAUGAGCCAACUUCCGGGCUUGACAGCACGUCUGCUCUUCAAGUGAUCGAGCUACUUUCUUCCAUGGCGAAAGCAAAGCAGAGGACAAUAGUCUUGUCUAUCCACCAACCAAGCUAUAGAAUUCUUCAAUACAUUUCAAAUUUCUUGAUCCUUUCUCAUGGUUCUGUUGUCCAUAAUGGUAGCCUAGAAUCACUAGAAGAGACCAUAAACAAGUUGGGUUUCAAAGUUCCACUGCAACUAAAUGCUUUAGAAUAUGCCAUGGAAAUUAUAUCUACAAUAGAAGAGUCUAACACCAAAUUUUCUUUAUCUGUCAUAGAUGAUAAGGAACCAUCUUCGUACUCGAUUUGGCAAGAACAAAUUGGGGGGGUCCAACAGGAAAAGAUGGGCACUGGUUGUUUUUGGAGUACUUUGUUUGAAAUUAUGGUUCUCUGCCAAAGAUUUUGGAAGAUCAUUUACAGGACAAAACAGCUGUUCUUGGCAAGGACUAUGCAAGCUCUCGUUGGAGGAUUUGGUCUGGGAAGUGUGUAUAUAAAGGUGAAGAGAGAUGAAGACGGUGUCGCGGAGAGGUUAGGCCUUUUUGCUUUUAGUCUUAGCUUUCUCCUUUCUUCCACAGUCGAAGCACUUCCAAUAUACCUUCAAGAGCGCCGCGUUUUGAUGAAGGAAGCCUCUAGAGGAGCCUACAGAAUUUCCUCCUACAUGAUUGCCAACACCAUUGUCUUCCUUCCCUUCUUGUUUGCAGUAGCCAUUCUCUUUUCCUUUCCCGUGUACUGGAUCGUAGGGCUCAAUCCUUCCCUCUCUGCCUUCGUGUUCUUCACAUUCGCGGUGUGGCUCAUUGUGUUGAUGGCUAGCUCUUUAGUCCUCUUCCUAAGUGCUGUCUCCCCGGAUUUCAUUUCCGGGAAUUCGCUCAUCUGCACAGUUCUUGGUGCCUUUUUCCUCUUUUCGGGCUACUUCAUUCCCAAGGAGUGCAUUCCAAAAUAUUGGCUCUUCAUGUACUACGUCUCUCUUUAUAGGUAUCCAUUGGAUUCACUUCUCAUCAAUGAAUAUUGGAGUGUGAGAAGUGAGUGUUUCUCUAGGCAUCCUCAAGUUUACUCAAUGUGUUUGCUUACUGGAAAUGAUGUAUUGAAGAGCAGAGGGCUGGACAAGGAUACUAGGUGGAUGAAUGUGGGAAUCAUGGUAGCCUUCUUUGUGUUUUACAGGGUGCUUUGCUGGAUCAUUUUGGCACGAAGAGUUUCAAAAACAACAAUAUAA